UGCCGCUUGUUGUGCACAUUUUCUUUUGCAUACGCUGACAUGUCAUGGAGCAACCAGUCGAAGCGCCUAGCUAUCGUGCCUUCCAUUUCUCGCGCGAAUGAAUUUUGAGAUUCACCAUUCUUGCGCAGACUCGAAACCCACCUCAUAACAUUCCACGACGAGAACAUGGCACAACAGAAUCCCAUCCACUGUAUUGUGGACGAUACAAUCCUGAGCAGAAACAUAUCAGAAAUCGAGAGCUGGGUGUCGCAAGGGAAAAUCUGUCUUGUUGUGCCCCUCUACACAAUUGGCCGCCUACACGUUCUCAAGAAAGACUCUUCGCAGAUCGGUAUGAAUGCCCGCAAAGCUGUCAAGUUUCUCGACCGCAGCACGUCUUCCCACGACGAUUCGGCCGCAGAUCCUGUCAUCCUACAAGGUCCCGAUGAAGAAUAUCCAACUUGGACUGCAGUGGAGGCGCAUUACCUGCGUGACGACACGGACAUCCUGGCUGCGCAGGAGAACAACGUAUCGGCACCUGAUGCGACAAAACCACAUGAUGAAGAGGCUGUGCUGAAUAUCAAGGCAAACAACGGAGCAGGAGGUGCACUUUCCCAGAUGCUGUUGGACAAGCUCAAUUUUGCAGCAGAUCGAGCCGCAACAUCGCCAACCUCAACUCCACCUCUUUCCCCUUCCUCAUCUGGACCGCAAAGCUCAAAGACUAGUCCCGAGGUCAAGUCUGCCACUUUGAUCGCUAAUGACAAAACACCCGUCCCAUCCUCGCUCAAACCCUUACUGAAUCCUGUGGUCUGGUACGUCCACGAGAGGAAGGCGCCGGCAGAUCAGGACUUGGUCUUCCUCACGAAUUCAGCCGAUACUAUGCAUCUGGCACGCGACUUCGGCAUCCCAACGAAGAACAUCCAUCAAUUGAGAAGUGCAUUGGGAAUUGAGGAGACCGAUGCAAAGAGUGAAGGGAGCGCUAGCAAGGAGUCGAUCAAAAAGACUCCGCGGUCCGAACCAAAGACACUAUUCAGCUACCAUGAUGGCGAGAGCGAUGAUGAAGAAGUUGUGUUCAAGCCGAGAGGUCGAGGUUCUGCCAGAGCCACGCCAUCUACCCGUGGUAGCGCUACUGGAAGUGGUCGAGUCAAAGGAAAUCAUGGUCGUUCUCCACGGGUUUCUUUCAGCACUCCUACACAGCAAAUCCAGCCCAAGCCUCAAAUCCCGGUCGAGGAAAUCGAUCCAGACUCUUUCGACCGCGGCAGCUUCGCACGAGGUAGCACUCCACUUGCUAAUGUCGCCGUCAACGGCCAUCAACCCACCAGCCAAGCCACCAAUGGUCGUGGAUCGGGAUCGGGAUCAGGAUCUCGUGGUAACCACCCUCCAGCAGGGCUUCGUGGAACGACCUCCACUCGUGGAGGUUACGGCCGUGGUUUUGAGCGUGGUUCGGGUUCAGGCCGAGGCAGAGGUCGACUAUUCGUGCCGUAAGCCACUUGCAGAGGUCGCAAGAUUUUCAGGCUUGCGACGGUACAAUCACAUCAACAAUGAAAAGACCUACCCGGAUCUCUUUUGCAGCAAUGCAUCGAGCAGUAGUCGUCUUUGACUGACACACGGAGCCACAUCCUUCGUCGAAUAAUCUUUGACGUUGCGGACAGGACACCAACCACGAU